AUGUCCUCAUCGAAGCCAUCCAGUGUGAGAGAGGUAGAAAGUUCCUUCCAUGACAAAACUCUGGAGGCAACUCCAGAUAUCCAGCAGGAAUAUAUAGAGGCUGGGUUGAGCAUUGAGGACGCGUAUUUCCUUGCCAACUUUCCGGAUGAAAGGAGAAAAGAAUGUGUUCGAAAGGUGGAUUGGCGUCUUUGCUCCGUGUUGAUGGUUCUAUAUCUUUGUUCCUACAUUGAUAGAGCAAAUAUUGGAAAUGCCAAAAUUGAAGGCCCACUAACAGACUUGAAUAUGUCUGGCACCCAGUACAACAUUGCUCUGGCAAUCUUCUUUGUUCCUUAUAUCUUAUGUGAAAUUCCUAGCAACAUUUUACUUGGCAAAUUCAAAAAGCCAUCGGCUUAUUUGGGGUUCUUGGUAUUUGCCUGGGGCACCAUUGUGACGGUUACGGGGGUCGUCAAAAGCUUUUCUGCGCUUUGUGCAGUCCGUUUCCUCCUCGGUAUCUUUGACUAA